GUGCUGAGCUCGCGCUGUAAUCUGUGACAGCUGGAAAUGGACAGCGACAACGGAGCAGCAGAGAAGUCGCCUUUCACAGAAAUGAAGCGUCCCAAAAGCCCUGACUGGCCAGACAGUAGCCCCCCUCCCAAGACCCAGCAGGAAGAGAAGGAGGAGGAGGAAGAAGAGGAGGAGGAAGAUGAAGAGGAGAGGAGGGUGGUGGUAGGGCACAGGGCGAAAAGAGAGCGACGUCAAGGCAGCGGUGGCGGCAGCAGUGCCACGAUGUGUCAGGUGUGCAACAUUCAGUUGAACUCCAGCGCCCAGGCCCAGAUUCACUACAGGGGGAAGACGCACCAGAGGAGGCUGCGACGACUGGCUAAGGCUGUCAGCUCAGGUGCCCUUUCUCAGAGCCAGGUCCACCCUCUCCUGGGCUCCCUGCCUCUGCCGGGUCGACCCCUCCAGCCGCAGGCUCACGCCCAGCUGGAGCACUUCCUGCCGCUCAGGGUGAACAGCUCAUCGCCGCUCAGCCUUUUUCCCAAUUUCAACACGAUGGACCCCAUUCAGAAGGCAGUGAUCAACCACACCUUUGGCAUGGCUCCGCCCAAAAAGAAACCCAUCAUUUCCUGUAACAUCUGUCACCUGCGCUUCAACUCCACCACCCAGGCGGAGGCUCACUACAAAGGUCACAAACACGCUCGCAAGCUGAAGGCCCUGGAGAUGCAAAGGAACAGACAGAAGAACGGAUACAGUCCAUCUGCAACAGGAAGAGACAGAGAGAAGGGGGCGAUGCAAGUAGACUCACAUUUUAAAGACAAGACAGGCCCAGUUCAUCCCCAACCUGCACAGCAGCAACUAGAAAAUGUCCUGGGGAGCUCAGCAGCAUCCACUCCUUCCUCACAGCCGUCACCCACAGACGAAUCCUUGCCUCACUCUCCCCCGCUGUCUCCACGGGUCUCGCCUGGUCCUCAGCCUCUUGAUCCAUCUUCAGACCCUGCGCCAAUGGAAGGCUGCAGCCCAGCCACUAGUACAGCAUCACCCUCAGACACUCAGCAGGGCUUCCCAGGGGGCGAGGAGGAGGAGGUGAAGGUGGAGGAAGUGAAGAGCAACAAGAGAAAACAUUUCCACUGUCCCACGUGCAAAGUGACAGUCAAUUCCAGCUCCCAGUUGGAGGCUCACUGCAGUGGCUCUAAACACAAACAGAUGCUGGAUGGUCACAACAGCAGUCAAUCACAACGCAGGGUUAAGAUGAUAUCAUCACCCAGGUCCAAUGGACGAAUUAAGCAGCGAAUGGGCUCAAAGACCAGAGUGGUUCUGGGUGUAUCCAGCCAGCCCUUUCACUGUGAAAUGUGCCAGGUGUCUGUCAACUCAGAGACACAGCUGAAGCAGCACAUGAACAGCAGGAGACACAAAGAGCGUUUGGCUGGGAAGCCUGUCAAGGUCAAGUUCACCCCCUAUAAUAAACUACAGCCCAGUGCUAUUUUAGCGACUAAACUGGCCCUGCAGAAGCAGCUAUCCAAGGCCCUGCCGGCAGGGUUCCUGACCAACCCCCUCAACCCAGCAGCCUUGUGCACCAUGGCAUCUGGACCACUGGCACUGCGGCUGCCACCCGGCCCUACAGCCAUCAUCCAGGGUCCCCUUAUCAGCCCCACGCUCUUCAGGCCUGCACCAGGACCAUUAAGGGCUACACAUGCACCCAUUAUCUUCUCUCCUUACUAGCAAUGAACAAAGCUAGGUCUGACAGAUGAGUGUAUCUCAGCCAGAGGACAAAGCAUCUUGAGGACACAAUGCUGUGACUGCGAAAACAGAAUAUCAGCAAGUCAACUUUGGCAGGUUUCAGUCAUAAGAACAGUAUGCACUAAUCCACAGCGUGGGUUGAGAAUUCUGCGCUGACUGAUCAGUUGCCCCACCCUUGGAAAGGAAGAAGGGUCACUCAGCUGUUUACCCUCAACAACAAACUGAGGAGUGCAUGUUCCCGGGGUCUGGACCACUCUGGAAGCCAUAAUGAUGAGCAUCUCUUGGAUUUAUUUAUAAGAUAAUAAAAGACUAAUACAGCAAAUUAUUUAAAUGGUAGUAAGUGUUUAUUGCUUAAAACUUUUACUUUGAAAGUGUCUGGUUGUUUUCUGAGAGAACACGGACAGUUUUUCAUGUCUGCUUAAAAAUACUUCAGCCAAAUCUAAAUCAUGAAGAUACAGAUGAUGUGAACCCCUCGUUAAAACACCAACAAAUUUUACAACACAAGUAGAUCCAUAACUUUGUGGUAAUGGAGACAUUACAAAUUAACAUAUCUACAGCCGCUGCUGGUUUGGAUGCUUUAUUAUAUUAUUUAUUAAUGAAUGAUGAAUGAUGAAUGAAUUAGUUCAUGGUAUUUCUGUGACUUUCUCCUUGUGUGAAGAGGCGACAAUCAACCAUCAUCCACUACAAAUACUCUAUAUGUGAACAUAAGAGAUUACAUGCUUAUUAUGAGAGCCUGUUAUUUAAACCAUAAGAUUCAGAGCUCCUGUGUCUUUGCUAUGAUCAGUUAAAUGAAGAUUAUAUGGUGAUGGCUAGAAAAAUAAAAAUAUGUUAACAGCUUGAUGCUGUUUUUGUGCAAUAUGAAGACAGGUUUUUGUGUGAUUUUCCCAAAUUCAAAAUAAUUAGUCACUAUUAUAUUUCACAGAGUUGAAUGAAAACGUCAUUACCCCACCCCCCCCUUUCACCUGAUUGUUCUACAUCAUUACAAGCAAUAUAUAUUAAG